AUGGCGGCGGCCGCGCUGGGCCAGAUCUGGGCCCGGAAACUUCUCCCUGUCCCCUGGCUUCUGUGUGGCCCCAGAAGAUAUGCCUCAUCCAGCUUCAAGGCUGCAGACCUGCAGCUGGAGAUGACGCAGAAGCCUCGCCAGAAGCCUGGCCCCAACGAGACCCUGGUGUUCGGGAAGACGUUCACCGACCACAUGCUGAUGGUGGAGUGGGCCGAGCAGACGGGCUGGAGCCAGCCCAGAAUCCAGCCCUUCCAGAACCUCUCGCUGCACCCGGCCUGCUCCGCCCUCCACUACUCGCUGCAGCUCUUUGAGGGCAUGAAGGCGUUCAAGGGCAGCGACCGGCAGGUGCGGCUGUUCCGGCCCUGGCUCAACAUGGACCGCAUGCUGCGCUCGGCGCUGCGCCUCUGCCUGCCGAGCUUCGACAAGGCCGAGCUGCUGGAGUGCAUCCGCCGGCUGGUGGCCGUGGACAAGGACUGGGUCCCCGACAGCGCGGGCGGCAGCCUGUACAUCCGGCCGGUGCUGCUGGGCAACGAGCCCUCCCUGGGGGUGGCCAGCGCCAGCCGCGCGCUCCUGUACGUCAUCCUGUGCCCCGUGGGCUCCUACUUCCCCGGCGACGCCCUGAGCCCCGUGUCCCUCCUGGCCGACCCCGCCUUCAUCCGCGCCUGGGUGGGCGGCGUCGGCGACUGCAAGCUGGGCGGGAACUACGGGCCCACAGUGUUUGUGCAGCAGGAGGCGAAGAAGAAGGGCUGCGAGCAGGUGCUCUGGCUGUACGGGCCCGACCACCAGCUCACUGAGGUGGGCACCAUGAACAUCUUCAUCUACUGGACCCACGAGGACGGGGUGCUGGAGCUGGUGACCCCGCCGCUGGAGGGGGUCAUCCUGCCCGGAGUGGUGAGACAGAGCCUGCUGGACCUGGCCCGCUCCUGGGGCGAGUUCCGCGUGGUGGAGCGGAACAUCACCAUGAAGGAGCUCCAGCGAGCCCUGCAGGAGGGCCGCGUGCGGGAAGUCUUCGGCUCGGGCACCGCCUGCCAGGUGUGCCCGGUGCACCGGGUGCUGUACCAGGGCCAGGACCUCCACAUCCCCACCAUGGACCACGGGCCCGAGCUCAUCCUCCGCUUCCAGAAGGAGCUGAAGGCCAUCCAGUACGGAGCCAAGGCCCACGAGUGGGCGCUGCAGGUGUGA